AACAAAAAAAAGUUGGCGCUGAAGUGAGCAACCGUCUUUGGCAUCAUUAAAGAUCGAUUGGAAGAGGAAUGGCAAAAAGUCGUGAAGUUAUCCAACUGCACGUGGGCCAGGCCGGCGUACAAAUUGCGAGUGCGUGCUGGGAGCUGUACUGCCUGGAACAUGGCAUCUAUCCGGAUGGACGCUUUUGCGACUGCACGAUCUACGAUGACUGUAGUGCUUUUUUUAGCUGCGACAAAAUGGGCCGUUGCGUACCGCGGGUAGUGAUGGUGGACCUGGAGCCGUCGGUAAUUGACGAAAUUCGAAUCGGAGCCUACAGGCAUCUCUUUCAUCCGAGUACGCUGAUCACGGGCAAGGAAGAUGCUUCGAACAAUUUUGCGCGCGGUCAUUUUACGCUGGGCCGAAUGAUGAUCGACGCCGUGAUGGACCGAGUGCGGAAGGUUGCCGAGGGGUGCUCCACGGUACAGGGGUUUAUGAUCUUUAACAGCUUAGGCGGCGGGACGGGGAGUGGGUUCGGUACGUUGGCACUAGAAAAAUUACUUGACGAUUACGGCAAAACGACCAAAAUAGAAUUCAACAUCUUUCCAUCGCCGAGGAUUUCGCCGGUAAUUGUGGAGCCCUACAACGCAGUUCUUUCUACGCAUGUUGGGAUGGAAUAUAGAGAUUGUUCGUUUUUGCUCGAUAACGAAGCUAUUUAUGACGUAUGUGAUAGAAGUUUGAACGUGCCAGAUCCUACGUAUACGAAUUUGAACAGAUUAAUUGCGCAAAUUGUUUCCUGCAUUACUUCAUCGCUUCGAUUUACGGGUGCCAUCAACGUGGAUUUGCUUGAAUUUCAAACGAACCUGGUUCCAUUCCCGAGAAUUCACUAUCCCCUGGUAACCUACUCCCCGUUGAUUCCGUUCCGGAAUGCCAAACACGAACAGUUGACCACCUCGCAAAUCACUUCUGAAUGUUUCGAACCGGCCAAUCAACUGGUCAAGUGUGACCCCCGAACCGGAAAGUACAUGUCAUGCUGUAUGCUGUACCGAGGGGAUGUUUCUCCCGUCGACAUAAAUCGUUCGAUCCAGGAGCUGAAGUCGAAGCAGACAAUACAUUUUGUGGAUUGGUGUCCCACGGGGUUCAAAAUUGGCAUAAACUACCAGCCUCCGAUUGCCGUUCCGGGAGGAGACCUGGCCAAGGUGGAUCGCGCUGUCUGCAUGCUUUCCGGCAAUACGGCCGUUCGAUCCGCUUGGGAACGAAUCAGUCGUAAGUUUGAACAAAUGUUCGAGAGGAAGGCAUUUUUCCAUCAUUUUUUGGACGAAGGUUUGGAAGAAAGUGACCUGUCCGAUGCCAAGGAAAACAUAUCGACUCUCAUAUGCGACUACGAAGAGGUCGAGAAAUAGCAACCGGAGAUUGAC